AAGAAGCGCGUUAAAGAGCGCCUUUUAUUUAAAUGACUACACUGAAUUGCACCAUGUGGAGAUUAAUUACCGAACACAGUUUUAACUGCUACACUGAAAUACUAUGAGUCUUUCUCGGAAAACCUUUUCAUUCAUUCUGUGUUUACAGCUGAUUAUGAAUGGUAUGUUUGAUGAUAAAGAAAAAAAGAAGUCACUAUCAGUGAUGGAGGGAGAUUCUGUGACUCUAUGUACUGACGUUACUAAAAUACAAAAAAAUGAUCUGAUACUGUGGAUGUAUAGCAUUAACAAUUCAGACACUCGGAUAGCUGAAAUGUAUAAACAGGUCAUCUCUAUAUAUGAUAAUAAUGAAAUAUUCAGAAACAGACUACAGAUGGAUUAUCAUUCAGGAUCUCUCACCAUAACAAACAUCAGAACUGAACAUUCUGGACUUUAUAAACUAACCGUGAUUGGUGGAGGGGUCAUAUACAAGAGUUUCACUGUUAAUGUCCAUGCUCAUCUACCCAUUCCUGUCAUUCUCACAAACUAUCCAAACUGUUCUUCAUCAUCAUCUGGACACUCAUCGGUGUCCAAUUGUUCACUGCUCUGUUCAGCUGUGAAUGUGAGUGCUGUGACUCUCUCCUGGUACAAAGGAAACAGUUUAUUGUCCAGCAUCAGUGUGUCUGAUCUCAGCAUCAGUCUCUCUCUACCUCUGGAGGUGGAAUAUCAGGAGAAAAACAUCUACAGCUGUGUGAUCAACAAUCCCAUCACAAACCAGACCACACAUCUGGAGAACAUGAAACUCUGUCAGACAUGUUCAGAACAGCAGCGUUCAUAUGUUACAGUGCCAAUAGUUGUUGGUGUGAUGCUGGUCCUGAUUGUAGCUGUACCUGUAGGUCUGAAAUACUGUAACAGCAAGACAAUACAAGCUAGACAGGAGGGCAAGUAUUACUAAAACUAAUAUAUGUAAAAAAAAAAAUGUUAAAAGCAUUCUGGAAGUGAUAAAUUAAAAAAAUCAUAAUUAUAGAUUAUUUAAAAGUUUUUAUUGUUUUGAAAAAUAUGAUUUAUUGUUAAAACAGUUCAGACACACGAAGAAGAGGUUGAUUACACUGAAACAAUUAUUUCUCCACGCAGUGUUCACAGUACGGUAAGAAAAUGUGCAGUGAAUUCACUUCUCUUUAGCAACUUCAGCUUUUACCCAAGGAAUCUCUCUGCAGAUUUGGCCUAGUUCAUGGAACCGUGCCCUUAAUUUACAUUAAAGAGUAAUUUACAAAAAAAGUACAUUAAGAAGGUCAGGGAAGUUGUUAUCAUGACAGGCCUAUCCGUAAGACCUCCGAACACAAAUUAUGAUAUUUUUGAUUAAUUCUGAGAGCUCUCUGACACUCCCAUAGACAACAAUGUAAGUAACAGGAUCAAUGUCCAGAAAUGUAGCAGAAAAGGAGAUCGGUAAAAUAAUCCAUGUGACAUCAGGGUUUCAACCGCAAUUUUAUGAAGCUACAAGAGUACCUUUUGUAUGCAAAGAAAACAAAAAUAACGACUUUAUUCAACUAUUUGUUUCCUCUGUGACACUGUAGCACCAUUUGGAGAGUAUCCACUGAACGCAAGUAGCACCACACGGAUACACUGUUUUCUUGUAGCUUCGUAAAAUUACAGUUGAACCCCUGAUGUCACGGAUUAUUUUACUACAGUGUUGGAAAGAAGUUAACAACAAGUAGCGAUGCUACUAGCGUAAUUAAAUUUUUCAGUACCUUUACAGUAGCAAAGUUACUUUUAAAACAGUGUAGCUUUUCCUUUAGCUAACUACUUUUUCCAAACAAGUAGCGAUGUAGCGCGACCAAAUGCUACAUUCCAUUUUGCAUUCUGACAAGUUAUGCCCUGUAAUGCAUUAAAACAGCGCACACAGCAUCUUCUUCUGAUGAGAAUUCCUGCCAUCAGUUGUGAUAUCACGCAUCACGUGACUGUACAGUCUUUCCACCGACACAAAGAUUCAGAUGCGAUCUACAUCGAUGACUAAAAGCAGAUACAGGAGGUUAAUAAAAGCCUUUUUAAACUGAUUCAUUUUUCUUAGUUGCACUGGAAAUAAAAUGUCUAUUUUUCAAUGAUGAGCGGUCAUAAUAUAAUCUGUGCCCCAACGUUUUUUUAAUGAACACUAAUCGAACAGAAAAUAAAAUUGCGAUCUAGUAAUGUGCUUAUCAUUUGGCAAAGGAUGGUUGUGGCGGUAUUCAUGCAAAGCACAGUGUUCACGUGUGCAGCUGAUUAUUGAUGUCUCCAUUCACAGUCCAUUCCAGGACUCCUCCAUUUCCAGGUUAAGUUCCAUAAAUUUUGUUCUUGCAUUUAUGUUAUGCUAGCUGCAAUUUUGCACUUUGACAGUCAGUUAAGAUAAUAUAUACUAUAUAACUAUACAGUAGCCUAUUUUAUUAUUGUGUGUAUUGGAUGGUUUACAAUUAUAAAGAAUGUAGCUUUUCUACUUUAAUUUACAAGUAGCUUGUAGCUGGUCAAGCUACAGUUUUAGAGUAGCUUCCCCAACACUGAUUUACCGAUCUUCUAGUUACGUUUCUGGACUUUGACCGUGUAAAUUACAUUGAUGUCUGGUCAGAGAUGUCUUACAGGUUAUUUUUCAUUAAAUUUUUAUUUUGGGGUUGAGUAGCCCUUUAACUUGCAAAAGUGAUUGAGCAAUAGUUUGUCGACUUGUGUUUUUCUACAAAUCAUACAGUAUUUCAUUAAAUCCAAUAUUUUAAGACAAUGCCAUUGUUAUAUUCCCAAUUCUGGUUUUUUUUCUUAGUGUGUUUUAUGCUUUAAAAAAUCAAGUUCUAAAUGUAAUUGACAUCUGACAUACGAUUUGUAAAUUAUUUUUCACAGAUGCCUAAUGGAGAAGAUCGAACAAUGUACUCAAGAGUUGUUAUGAGUUGAUGUGUCUCUACAACUUGAAUAAUAAUAAUGUGCAUUAUAAUAGUGUGAAAUGUAUUUAUGAUCGGAUUUCUUUAAAAAAAAUGUACUUUCGGUUUGAGGUUCUUCUGUUUUAAAACAUGCAAAUAAUACUCUGGCAACCACCCACAACAUUUAACUAGUUUUGUUUUCAGCUGCCUAUACACUGAAAAUUCAAUAUUACCAUUUUUUUCUAGACUAGAACUGAUUACAUUUCAUAUAGGUUGAUUUUAUCUUUCCUCAGUGAACAUGUUUCCACAAGUGAUUUAAGGUUUGAAGGCUGCGUCUUUUAGUCCUCAGCUAAUCGGCAAUAACUUACCAUGGUCUCUAAUGAUAACUUGCUUUUGUUUAAAGUAAAAAAAAAAAAUUUAACUGCUCUAUACAGAGUGUAAAGCCAGAAUUACUGGAUUAUAGAAGAAAGACUGGUCCAGAUUGUUAAAGUCACAGCGUGACUGCAGCUGUCUAGGCGGGAGCCAGUAUAGGUGUGUAUUUUGUACUCAUUCAAAAAGAUGGCAGUUAAACAGAAUUUUAACCGUCUGUUUCCUGUUUUUCUAGUCUGUACCAGUAUUACUAGUAACUUACAUAAAACAAGAAUAAAGCAUUAAACAAUAGGGAUUAAAUGAGCACAGUAAAUUAAAAUUGUUCCUUCAGAUUUACACAAAA